AUGGCGACUGACAGCAGAGGAUCCCGUCUACUUUCGGAUUUAAAUUCUGCUUUUCGUCGAGAUCCUGACAUAGAUGAGUAUGAUUUCCUGCCAGUUUUGGAACCUAAACACAACAGAAGUCCACUCAUCCUCCAGGAACACAAACUUGGAUUGGAGAUGUGGAGUGUCAAAAUUCUCUACGAUCAUGCUUAUAAUACACUUAUGGCUUGGCGCCAAAAAGAAGCUCAUGCCAAAUUUCUUGAUCCAUUCGACCUGAUAAGUCUCAGUCGGGCGGUAGUUCUUGUCAAUGCCGAUUGCUUAACAGCUUGGAAUAUCAGGAAAGAGCUGGUGGAAUCCUCAGAUCUCAAUAUUAUAGAUGACCUGAAGUUUGGAGCCCUUGUCUUGUCUAGACAUCCCAAAAGUCCAGAAACAUUCUGCCACAGGAAAUGGCUUCUGCGGCGAUAUGUUGACUGCUGUCUUAGUUCUAGUAACGGAAGUACUACCAGCACAGGAAGUUUAUACAACGACUUUGUCAACAUGGAUGCCAUAGAUUUUGACCUGGAGGCUGAGGCAAAUAAUUUCCUUUUAAUGGACAAUAAUGUACACGGAAUGAACCAACAGCCAGACUUUCAUGAAAUAAUGCGUCGAGAGAUUACUGUAUGUCGCAAAGCUGCAGAGAAGUACCCUUGUAACUACAAUGCCUGGAGUCACCGGAGCUGGGUUGUCCAGAACUGCUACAACUGUACCAUACAGGUGUUGGUUGGAGAACUACAUGCUACAGAGGCCUGGGUGAGACGACACAUCUCCGACCAUAGUGGAUUUCAUUACCGUCAAUAUCUACUCACCAACAUACACAAGCAGGCAGACACUCUCAAGGAACAGUUCUCCCUUAACUACAGGAAUCUCAUUCACAAGGAAAUGCAAAUUGUAGUGGACUUAUUGAAGUCUUACACAGACCAUGAGGCUCUAUGGUACCACAGGAGGUAUGUGUUCCAAGCUCUGUGUAAAGUAUGUGAUUCAGAGACAGUGUCUGUGGACAUGAUAACCUUACCAGGAGGUUAUGAUCAAGAUCUUCCCAUCAAAAAUAGCCAGAAGAAAACCAAGCUUGAAAAUGAGCGACAGGUUCUUUUGUUAAAGGAAGUUGACAUGGUGUCCAGAAACCAUUUGUCAACGAAAAAUACUUUCAAAAAAGGCUUGGCACAGAAGUACUUGGAUUGGAUACAGAAAUCCUGUCGCAGCUGAUAGCAGUGGA